CUCUUGUCUCUUCUGUCAUUUUCACACCAUGAUGCUUGGCUUUGUUGGCGCUGCCCCAUCUGUCUCUUUGUUGCUCCUGUUGGGUCUAUUAUUUCCAUGCAGCAGACAACAACAUCAAGUAGACGCCUUUUCGUCGCCGUCGCCAGCAUCAUUUCAUGAGUUGCUCUUGUCACGUCGCACCAUUAACAGUUUCGAAGCCGAGCUUCCACCGUACUGGGAAAUGAAACUGACGGCAGCCGUGGAAGCUGCCACAUAUGCUCCCAAUCACAAACUGACAGAGCCCUGGCGAUUUCAUUUGCUGGGAAAUGAGGCCAUUCAAAGAGUCUGCGAACUCAAUGCCGAACUCGUAUCUUCUAGCAAGGGGCCGGCAGCCGGGGCCAAAAAGUUGGAACGAUGGUUGGCCAUGCCGGGGUGGUUGGUGGUGACGCAAGUUGUUGUUGUACAACAGAGUGAUGAUGAUGAUAGCUGCGACAAUCCCAUGAGCAUGGCACGGGAGGAUUAUGCCGCCUGCUGUUGUGCCGUGCAGAAUCUCUGUCUCAGUUUGCAUGCCAAUGGAAUGGGCACGAAAUGGACCACGGGACCGGUCAACUUUGAUCCUCGCUUUGCCGAGGCGGUUGGACUGCCAGAGAAUGAACGAGUAGUGGGGACCAUUUGGUUUGGAAAACCUGUCAGUGUACCAUCGGCGCCCAGAAAGAAACUCUCGUUGGAUAAUGUCUUGAUUAAGCAUGCAUGAUUGAUUGAUUAUAGCUCUCGGGCAUGAGUAUACUAUACUGUAGCUCGAGCAACUCUCUUGGGUACCUUUGCAUGAGUAUUUAGCCCGAAUCUCUAGCUAGCUGUUCGUUCCAGCCAUGUUACUGCUGGUAACUAACUAACUCAUCAAAGGAAGACAUGGUUUUGCACGUUGAAGGUGUACAGAGAG